UACAAGGCACGGUCCAGGAAACUUGCUCUGGGUAUUCCUGCAAAUUAGGCUUUUUGAAAAGCCUGAGCAUCUUGCACUAAGAUACCCUAUCGCCUUGAGUCAUGGCUAACAUCAUUACACAUGUGGGUAACAGCCGGCGGCAGAAUGCGCCUUUACCUCCUUGGGCCCAUUCCAUGUUGAGGUCUCUGGGGCAGAGUCUCGGUCCUUUAAUGAUCAGCAUGGCAGAAAGAAACAUGAAGUUGUUCUCGGGGAGGGUGGUGCCAGCCCAGGGGGAAGAAACCUUUGAAAACUGGCUGACCCAAGUCAAUGGGGUCCUGCCAGAUUGGAAUAUGUCAGAAGAACAAAAGCUCAACCGCCUGAUGAAAACCCUUAGGGGCCCUGCCCGGGAGGUCAUGCGUUUGCUCCAGGCUGCCAACCCCAACUUGAAUGUGUCGGAUUUUUUGCGAGCAAUGAAACUGGUGUUUGGGGAGUCUCAGAGCAAUGUGACCGCCCAUGGUAAUUUUUUUAACACCCUGCAGGCGGAAGGGGAGAAAGCCUCCCUUUAUGUGAUCCGUCUGGAGGUGCAGCUCCAGAAUGCUAUUCAGGCAGGCAUCCUAGCUGAGAAAGAUGCAAACCAGACUCGACUGCGCCAGCUCCUGGCAGGGGCUGAGCUGAAUAGAGACCUGCGCUUCAGGCUUAAGGGUCUUCUCAGGAUGUAUGCAAAUGAGCAGGAGCAUCUUCCCAAUUUCCUGGAGUUAAUCAGGAUGAUAAGGGAGGAAGAAGAUUGGGAUGACGCUUUUAUUAAACGGAAGCGACCCAAAAGAUCUGAGCCAGUAAUGGAGAGGGCAGCUAGCCCUGUGGCAUUUCAGGGCCCUCAGCCAAUAGAGAUCAGUAAUGCAGACUACAAUGGCAACGUGAUAGAGAUAGAUGAUACCCUUGAUGACUCAGAUGAGGAUGUGAUCCUGGUGGAGUCUGGGGACCCUCCACUGUCAUCCUCAGGCACCCCUCCCAGAGGCAGGGCCAGAUCUCAGGACCAAGUUGUGGUCAUUGAUCCCCCCAGUAAUUAUGGGCCUGAAUCUCCUUCUACCAGUGGCCAUUCUGGGAAUAAGAAUGAUGGUCCUGGGGAUAUUCGUAGAAUCAGGAAGCGCAAGUACAUAAUUCGCUGCUCCUAUUGUGGUAAGGAGGGCCAUUCAAAAGAAACCUGUGUCAAUGAAAGCAACAAGGCCCAGGUUUUUGAGAAUCUGAUCAUCACUCUGCAGGAGCUAACACAUACAGAGGAGAGGGCAAGGGAGGUCUUUCGAGAACACAAGGAUCCUUCUGAGCCACAGUAUGGUGCUAGACCCAGCCCUAAAUGAACCCUUAACUGUAUUCAGAGUCUGAUGCUUGGGAAACUGCAGGUGGGGUGGGGGUGGGGUGCUUCUACCUGCAUGAAUUAAUCCACAAUGAAGUUUUCCUUUGGGAAUAAAAUGAGAUUGUGAAUACCAGUGCAGUGGAGAAGGAUGCCCUGACCUCUGUCCUUGCUCCCUCUUCAGCCCGCUUAAGGGCCUAUUCUCUCUGUGUGUCUUUCUUUGAAGAUUUUAUUCUGUUUAUGGAGAGUAUCUUAAACCUUUCAAAAAUAAAGAAAAAUACAAGAAUGAAAGUACAAAUUACCUGGAAAUCUCACCCCUGUUAUAACCAUUGUCAGCCCUUUGAUGAAUGUCUUUCUGGAUAUUUGCCUGUACCUGUGUGCCCAAAUAGAUAUAUGUAUAGAUGAAAGUGAUCGAAUGUAAGUGCUGUUCUAUACUGUGUAUUUUUUCACCAAAAAUAUAUCUUGUGGACUUCUAUGUAAGCGAAUAUGUGUGUGU